AUGUCAAUUGUUAGAGGUUAUACAUCUUCAAGCGAUGAUGGUGGUGAUGACAACACUUCUGAACAAUCUUCGAUAGCCCAGAUCGUAACUUCGCUUUCAGGACAAGUUGCCAUGCCGAUUCAAGAAGACGGUGAUCCACCAGUCAAGAAACAAAAGACCUUUGCUGGUGAAUUUCAAAAAUUAUAUUACGAUCAAUCCACAUUUUCCAAUAGCCUACGAGAAGAAAGAACUGCUGUAUCCCAAGAAGCUCGUACCAAAGCCAAACAAUUGAAGCAACAAAGAAAGAAAAAGAGAAAAGCUGAAUCUGCUAGUCCUUGGGAUAAUUAUUCAUCAUCAGAUCAAGAAUUUGUAAACAACCAAGAAUCUGAAAGUGAACAAGAAGAAGCAGCAGGUCAUAGAAUAUAUGAACAAGCACAAUCAGAUUAUAAACUUUCCAUUCCAAAAGAGACUACGAAAUUUGUAGGAUCUCAAGAAGAAGAUUAUCAAGGAAGAACAUAUAUGCACAUUCCACGAGAUUUGGAUAUUGAUCUAACCAAAGACCCAGGAACACAGGAAUGCUUUGUGCCCAAGAAGGUUAUUCAUACAUUCGAAGGACAUCCGAAAGGAACCAAUAAACUUGAAUACUUCCCCAGAUCGGGUCAUUUGUUGCUAUCUUGUGGUAAUGAUGGACAAAUCAAACUCUGGAGCUUGUACCGUAAACGAGAACUAUUAAGAAUAUAUUCAGGACACAGUCUGGCAGUCAAGGAUGUCAAAUUUAAUUCCAAGGGUGACGAAUUCUUAAGUGCAGGAUAUGAUAGAUUUAUUCAUUUAUGGAACACCGAAACUGGACAAAUCAAGAAAACAAUCCAAUUAAAUUCAAUACCAAACGUUGUUAAAUUCAAUCCCAACAAUGAAAAUGAAUUCAUCGUUGGGUUAAGUAAUCAUAAAAUUGAACAUUAUGAUCUAAGUUCAAUCACCUACCAGACUCCAAUACAAGUCUACGAUCAUCAUCAAGGUGCCAUAAAUUCAUUAACCAUUUUGGGAAACGACAAAUUCAUGUCUACUGCCGACGAUAAGACUGUUCGAGUAUGGGAAUGGCAAAUCAAUAUCCCCAUCAAAACAAUCUCCGACCCUAGUUUACAUUCAAUGCCUUCCGCCGCGGUGUUUCCCGGUGGUGGGAAAUAUAUCGCAUUGCAAAGCAUGGAUAAUUCAAUACGUGUAAUUCAUGGAUCUGGGAAAUAUAAAUUCAACAAGAGUAAAUUAUUCAUUGGACAUCAUUGUGCUGGGUAUGGGAUCGAGAUUGCCAUUUCUCCAGAUGGGAAGAUUAUUAUGAGUGGGGAUUCGAAAGGAAAUGCAUAUUUCUGGGAUUGGAAAACGACAAAGAUAGUGAAGCGAUUGCAUGUUUCUGAAAAACCGAUACGAUGUAUUGUGUUUCAUCCUCAUGAGUCUAGUAAAGUUGCAGUAGCAGGUUCUACGGGAGAGAUUUACUAUCUUGAUUGA